AUGAUAUCUACUCCCCGUGCCACUCGUUCUACGCGACGACCCACGACCCCAACUCCUAAUCAAGACCCGAAAGAAAAUAUGGCAGUCACUCCGCAGUCCAACGUCACUGGCCAGCCACCGCCAGAAGUACGGGGGGAUUCUUCGAAGAAGAGGCAUCGCAUGUCAUCCGCACAGCUAAUGUGUCUAGAAUCGCUCUAUCAAAAAGACACACAUCCGUCAAAGCACAGGAAGAACCAACUUGCAGAUGAACUUGGGAUGGACUGCAAAACUAUCACGAUCUGGUUCCAAAAUAAGCGCCAAAUCGCAAAACGUAGUAAACCGAGUGUGUCAUCCUCACCACUUCAGAUUCGGCCGAGGAAUGGUGUUUCAAAAACUCCGGAUCACCAGCUUCCUGUGCAAUCUCUAUCAGUACUCCGACGUGUCUCUUCGCCAUCGGUGAACGAUACUCUACAGCCUGUGAUUCUGCCAUCUGUCUGUUUGGAGAAAUCACGUACAACGCCAUCCCCGGAAAAGCAAGAAAGAGACGUCAACAAUCCACCGUCGAAAAUGUCACUGCAGGUCAAACCUCUCCUAAGCUCCUUGGGUUCGUUUAUGUCUUCGAAAUCGCCCAAGAAAGACCAGGUACGGCCAACGAUGACAAGUAGAACCAACGCUCAGGAACUCUGGCAACACCUCCCUUCAUCACCAACAGCUCCAAGUUCAGUGUCUGACAGAGGGAGCGAGGCCUAUAGCCCUACCCGCGAUGAAAAGGACACACCGUGUAGCAAGAGAGGCCUGACACUCGAGUGGGCUUGCGACAGGCAGACGAAACGCAGACGUGCAGGAAAAGACAACGGUAGCGACACCGACAAUUCGAGCAGGCUCUGGUUGGGGUCAUCAGAUCGACACACCAAUUCAGCACUUUCGUUACUCUCAUUGGCCGCAGGAAAGGUCAGCACGCCUCUGUCCGCCGACCCCGCUCCUUCACAGGAUGUGAUGCGCGGAGCUUCCCUCCUGUUGAGCUUCAAGCAUUCCUUGAGAGGACGCGACACUGGGAAGAAGCGGGUGUAG